CUCUCAUGCCGUCAUGCAGCGGGCUCGGGAAGUUGUCCUUGAGGAAUGUCUGACAGGAAUGGAAAAUACUGAGGUUCAGGACAGCAAAGUAAAAUAACCAAAACUUGACUCUGACGCUUCAUUUAAGUUAGUUUUUUGAACGGGUUUCCCUCCGUUGACUCGGUUAAACGGUUAAAUCAAUGACUUCUGCGGACAACCGACGAACCGGGGGAGCAGGACACAGACAUGGAGCGGUGAAAGGAUUGGUCCAGUCUCAUCAACCUUCCCUAAAUGAAUCACUGAAUGGAGAAGUUCAGGCCUUCCUCACUGAUGAAGACCAACUCCACACGUACGAUGACCUCACCAAAGUCAACCCAGUGACUCCAACAACAGUGCUGCAAUGUCUGCAGGCUCGGUACAGUGUGAAGGUGUUUUACACCCAUGCUGGCUGCACCUUGGUGGCUCUUAACCCCUUCCAGCCGAUCCCAGAUCUGUACACUCUGGAUGUGAUGAAGGAGUAUCACUGUGCUCCUCAGCCUCAGGAAUUCAAACCACAUAUCUUUAUUGUGGCUGAGGAAGCCUACAGGAACGUGAAGGGCCAACUGGAGCCAGUGAAUCAGUCCCUGGUGGUCAGCGGUGAGAGCGGUGCAGGAAAGACAUGGACAUCUCGUUGCCUGAUGAAAUACUACGCCACAGUGGCGGCCUCUUCGGUGACGAAGAGUCAGGACACAGUGGAGAGGAUAGAGAGGAGAGUACUGGACUCCAACCCCAUCAUGGAGGCUUUUGGCAACGCGUGUACGCUACGCAACAGCAACAGCAGCCGCUUUGGAAAGUACAUCCAGCUGCAGCUAGACCGAGGUCAGCUGUUGGUGGGGGCGUCCGUGCAGACAUAUUUACUAGAGAAAACCAGAGUGUCCUGCCAACCAGCUAAUGAGAGGAACUUCCACAUCUUCUACCAGAUGAUGAAAGGGGCCACAGCAGAGCAGAGAAGGGAGUGGAAGAUGUCUCAUGGACAACAUUUUGUUUGGCUGCCAAAUUCAGAACGAACACGUGAAGAGGAUUGUUUUCAUGAGACUGUGAAGGCGAUGGUUCAUCUGGGCAUUAACGCAGAGCGUCAGAAACAAAUAUUCAGGAUCUUAGCUGGGAUUCUGCAGCUGGGGAAUCUAAAUUUCUCCUCUUCAAUGGAUGAAUCACAACCCUGUGACCUGGAAGAACAGACCAAAGACUUCCUGCAGAGGGCUGCUGAGCUGCUGUGCGUCCCCGCAGAGGAGCUUCAGACAUGUUUGAUAGUGAGGAUGUUAAAGGCCGGGAAACAGAGCGUGCUCAAGCCGUGUUCUCAGGCGGAGUGCAGCAUGAGGAGAGACUGUCUGGCCAAGGUCAUCUACGCACAUUUAUUCGAAUGGCUGGUGACAUUAAUAAACAACAGCAUAUGUGCAGACGAGUCCACAUGGUGCAACUUCAUAGGAGUUCUAGAUGUGUACGGCUUUGAGUGUUUCUACAUCAACAACCUGGAGCAGCUGUGCAUCAACUAUGCAAAUGAGAAGCUGCAGCAGCACUUUGUGGCCCAUUAUCUCCGAGCUCAGCAGGAGGAAUAUGUGACAGAGGGGUUGCAGUGGUCUUUCGUCAAAUACCAAGACAACCAGAGCUGUUUGGAUCUUAUCGAGGGAAGCCCCAUCAGUGUGUUUUCUCUUCUUAACGAGGAGAGUCGUCUAAACCGAACCUCGGACGCUAAGACCUUGAGGUUUCGCCUGGAGAAGGAGCUUCACGUUAACUCCAACAUCAGCUGGGACAAGUUCAGCAAGGACCCGCACUUCACUGUGGCUCAUUACGCUGGAAAGGUCAACUACCAGAUACAGGGCAUGGUGGAGAAAAACAAGGACCCGGUGCCAGCAGAGCUCAUCAAACUGCUGCAGAAGUCUGAGGACCCGCUGCUUCACCAGAUCUUCUCUGACAAGGAAACUGAGAGUCCAAAUUCUAAGGGACUCAGUAAAGUCACGGUGGUCUCCAAGUUCAAGAACUCUCUGGAGAGCCUGAUGAAGAUCCUCCACACCACAACGCCUCACUACACCCGCUGCAUCAAACCCAACCCAGACUGCAAGCCGCUCACCUUCAAAAAGGAGGAGGUUAUCAUGCAGUUGGAGGCCUGUGGGAUUGUGGAGACCAUUACCAUAAGUGCUGCUGGCUUUCCUAUAAGAAUUCUUUACAAAAACUUCCUGCAACGUUACGGACUGAUUGAAAAACGUUCAGAUUUCAAGCCAUGGAGCCGUCGUGUGGACAUGGAGGCCGACGACAGCGUCUUUAUUCGCCAGGAAGUGGAGAAGCUCCUUCACAGCGUGUUGCAACACGACGAUGUCGACCCCCUCCACAAGCGUGAAAAUGAAAAACACAACUCAUGGGUGCACUGCGGGAGGACUAAAGUCUUUCUCACCCAGCUGAUGCUUGAUUUGUUGGAGGAUCAGAGGAAGAAGAUCCUGUCCCGUUGUGCCUUCUCCAUUCAGUGCUGCUGGCUGCGGUACCUGCGUGGUAAAAGGCGUGCACGUCAACAAUCUGCUAUUCUCAUCCAAGCAGUGGUGCGGUCCUGGUUGGUCAGGGAGCAGGUCAAGAGGUGGAGCAGAGCAGCAGCGGUCAUCCAGAAGGCCUGGAAGAAGAGGAGGGCACAGUUGAAGUCCUUGGCUGACGCAGAGCUAGAUAAUGCAGAGGACCUCGUGGAGGAGGAGCAAGUUUUGAACCCUGUUGUCAUGGAACCAGGUUCUGUGCAGCUCUCCAAAAGCACCAAGCCUGUCACAGUGCGAGGGUGGCCCCUGGGUCUGGCUCUGGCCUCGGCACCGUCCGUCACCGUGUCCCUGACAGCCAGAGGCUUCCAGAAGAUCAUGUAUGUGAUGGCCUGCCUCAACCUGAACUCCAGGCGAGGGGAGUACAAGGUGGAGACCAACCAGUACACACAGGAGCUGGCCUCCAUACGGGCCCAGCCAAGGGGAUCUAUAAAGCUGCACUGUAAGAGAUCUCCACUCCUUUAUGCUGACAGGCAGCCAGACACCAAGAGUUUUGUGACGGGGUUUAACGAGAUCCUGCUAGACAAAACCCUGUGAGCGGAUCUUCCCUGCAGAACACUAAAGGCUGAUUUCAUGGACACCAUGAGGGACACUCACCCCCAAUUCACACAUACCCCGUGCGCGCCGCGGUCUGUCAGCACCGCGCACUACGUUGUACUUAGCUGCUACUCUAGUCUAUCAUUGUGCUCACACAGGGCGCGCUGCGGUCCGUCUCCGGCACGUGUCAUCGACGGCACUACGCUCUGCUCCAUUUCAAAUACGCA